ACAUGAAAAAUCAUUUUUUAUCAUUACUUCUUCUCGCGCGUCUUCAUCUUAAAAAAACAUCAUCUCCUUCAUAUCUCUCUCCUCUCUCUCUCUUUCUUUAUCUCUCUGCUUCAACGUGAAAUAAGAACCAAACAUGUCUAAGGUUACCACAGAGCUUGACUUCUUCGGUCUUGAGAAGAAGCAGACCAACAACGGUCCUAAGCCUAAGUUCAAGAAACUUCUUGACCGCGGUCGUAGUUUCCGAGAAAUUCAAGGUGCGAUUUCUAAGAUGGAUCCGGAGAUUAUCAAAUCGCUGUUAGCUACUGGUGCUAACCCUUCCGAUACCUCGACCAGAUCUCUAUCGGUUCCGUCUACUCCAAAGGAAGAUCAUCAACGGAUCCUGAUUUCUCCGGUCCAUGCCCCUCUCACCAGGCCCAGUACAGAACUUGUCUCUGGAACUGUACCUAUGACAAUUUUCUACAAUGGGACCGUCUCAGUUUUCCAAGUGUCUCCUAACAAAGCUGAGGACAUUAUGAAGGUGGCCAUGGAAACAUCACCAAAGAAAGACAAAUCUAUGGAGAAAGAUCUCUCGGUAAUUCCUCCGACCACCUUAAGAACAAAGCUCUUUGGCCAGAAUAUAGAUGGAGAUCUUCCCAUCGCAAGGAGGAAGUCACUGCAAAGGUUUCUUGAGAAGCGCAAGGAGAGAGUAGUAUCAACAUCUCCUUACUUUCCGACAUCGGCCUAAACAAAGCCCUUAUCUCCUUUUUUGAUUGGGACACGAAACCAAAUGGUCAUGUAACCAUCCAAGACAUCGAUGUUCGUUUCGCAUUUGGCUUCUCCUCAAUCUUUUGGAAUCCCCUAUCUUUCGCAGAUUAGUAUGUAAUAUAAGAGCAUAUGUUGCUAUUUUGUUAAAUGUUUAUUGUUUUUAAUGUUCAUUGACGCUAUGCGCUAUGGUAUAAGUAUAUUUCUUAUAUAUUUCCCCCUA